CAAAAUUUCAAGAUGUCUUCAAUACAACAAUAAUUCAUAGGCCCUGAGUACAUAUCUACGAUUGAAUAUUGCUUCAGCAAGGCUCGGCAAUGAACAUAACAUUAUUGCGCUAUGUUUCAGCUAGAACCUCUUGAACGAUUCUGAGAAAGAUGUCGUGAUCGCUUGAAGUCGCGUCCGACCGUGCUGUAAACAACUUCCAUGACCCUCGGAUGCUGUCCCUGAGUGCAUCAAUCCCAGACACGCCCGGGCCGGUGCGAUCAACUACAGUUAUCGUGUCUUCAUCCGGCGUCGAAGGCUGACGAUUAGCCAAAAUUUCGAGGCGGUCAGCUAGGGACUCCAUAGGAUCCGUGGGCGGGUGCAUCUCAGCAUAAGUGUAUGCAAACGGUUGCUCCGGGCGCCUAGUUUUCUCAGGAGCAGGAGAGGGUAUUUCGGAAUCGCCGCUUCCAUGCACGGCGUUGUACAUGUCCCAAUAGGAAUCCGCCGCUCCCUCCAUCUCUUUCACGACUCCAUCAUCACCGUCUGGAAGAGUCGCUUCAUAGGCUCCCCAAUACGAUUCCGGAGCUUCUGGGACAUCGUCAUCGCCGUCGACAUCGUCGCCUGAUUGAGGAGGAGGCACAUCAUUGAGAGAUUCCGUUGGGAAUGGCAUUGGGGCAGCAUUCAUGUAUUUCCAUGCUCCCUCCCAUUGGAAGACCAGCCGAAGAUCUCCGCCGACUUGGACGUGAGCAGACACUGAUGGGCCUCCUGUGUAGCGGAUCUCAAAGUCGAAGUUUUCUAGAUCAUCUAUUAGCGGCAGUCUUUGAAAAUGCUCCAGGGCGGUCUUUGCGCGCUCGUCUUCGUCAUCAGCUCCGGGCCAUAUCAGGUAUGAUGGAUCAUCUGUGGCGAUGUUGAGGUACGAGUGCCGAAGCGCUAGUUCAGAGGCGACGAGGUGUGGCGGCAGAGGUUGCGGGGUAGGGGAGAUAUAAUGCAGCAGAGCAUCGGGCCAAGCAUACGCUAAUAGUCACCAAUCGUCACAGCACAUGACGUACCGUAAGGUGGCAGUGUUACAAAAUGGGAAAGCAAAGGUUUCCGCGAGCGACGAUGUGGCUCCCAUUCUCUAUUCUCUUGCUGCUCCUUCCUCUCGUCGCUUCCCAAUCAUCUAGUAAUCCGGCUGCGAGUGCUCCGGCUUCCAGCGGCUCUCAACCUGUAUCGGCGUCCGGCUCUGUCUCCAAUGCAGCUCCAUCCGCCCAAAUCACCGUCAUCACCUCUCUAACCACCAGUAUCGGGUUUACGGGCAAUAGACAGGUGGUAACUUCCACUUUCACAAUUCUGAGUACCAGCACCAUCCCCCCGACAACUUCCACUACCGCACCCCAGGCGUCCUCCUCAGCCUCAGCGACCAGCACAUCGUCGACGAUCCUAGUCACCGGAAGCGCCGUGCCUGUCUCAGAUGUCGCGCCUUCACCGGGCGCCACCGGCGGUAGCUAUGGCCCGGACGACAAUUAUAUCACGAACGCUGCACAAUCCACUCGGGCUCCUGUGAUCACCUGCGUCGCUUUGCUGGCGGCGGGCCUGCUCCUCGUUUGAGAUACGUGCGGAUCCAUCCCAUACUUACUCGUCGGACUGGAGUACACAUCAUUAUUUAAUGCAUCAUGUUUUCCCACUUUCCUCUUAUCCCUGGACUACUCAUACCACACCCGUUUGAACAUGGAAUCGUGUACAGUACCAUAGAGAUGGCCGAAGGCCCAUGGGCGAACAUCGGCGUGGAGUCUGCUCUCCGAUGAAUAAUUUCGGCAUUAGCUUCGUGCCGUGAUCUUGUGUCAUGUGGCCUGCUCUCUUCAGUCGCGUUCGAUCCUUUCCUUUUCGUCCUCCUCGCCUGUCGAUCGGUUCUCGUAAAAUGGCUUCAAGUGUCGAUGUUCCACAAGCCAAGAAGCAGAAAACAUCCAAGGUUAUUGGCACGCACAACGGAACAUUUCACUGUGACGAAGCGCUUGCUGUGUUUCUCCUUCGACACACUGCAGUCUAUCGGGAUGCGGAAGUAAAGCGUUCGCGAGAUCCUGCCGUACUUGAGACAUGUGAUAUUGUGGUGGAUGUUGGGGCCGUGUACGACGAAAGCAAGAAUCUCUUCGAUCAUCAUCAAAGAGGUUUCUCGGAGGUCUUUGGUCAUGGCUUCGAAACUAAACUGUCGUCUGCCGGUCUAGUCUAUAAACAUUUUGGGCAGGAAAUCAUUGCCAACCAAACUGGCUUGGCGGUCGACGACAACAAGGUGACGACGUUAUGGCUGAAGAUGUAUCGAGUGCCAAUUCAUCGAAGCGAUCGACGCUGUGGACAACGGUAUUGCACAGUAUCCUUCCGAUCUCAAGCCCAAAUACCGGAGCAACACAGACUGUCAAGCCGUGUUGCAUCCCUAAACCCAGUGUGGAAUCAGCCUUCGUCCCCAAGCAUUCUUGACGUGAGCCCAAUUUUCGAAAGCGUCGGAGUUGACGGGACAAGAGUUUCUCGAAAGCUGAACUUCUACGCCAAUGCCUGGCUCCCAGCGCGUGAUCUGCUCAUAGCGGCGAUCGCUGCUAGUAAGGUAACUGAGCCGUCGGGAAAGAUAAUCGUGUUCGAGCAGUUCUUACCAUGGAAAGAACAUCUGUUCGAUUUCGAGGCCGAAUCGCAGACCCCCGAGUCCGAGAAGGCGAUCUACAUUGUGUACCCUGAUGAUGGCGAAAGCUGGCGAGUGCAGGCUGUUCCGAUUGCGUCGGAGAGCUUCGAGAGCCGAAAGGCGCUGCCGGACCCCUGGAGGGGCCUGAGAGACGAAAAAUUGUCAGCAGCGACGGGCAUCGAUGGGUGCAUAUUUGUUCAUGCAUCGGGUUUUAUUGGAGGAAACAAAACGAAGGAGGGAGCUCUGAAGCUAGCCAAGGCUGCUCUAAUGAUGUAAUAAUCUACGCUUUGCCUGCAUGUGCCCGCCUCGUUCCGUCCACCUCGCGACUGACACGUUCUGUGAACAUGACCUCCGUCAUCUGCGUCUACGAAUCGUAUUCUUUCGUCGUUCACCCAUGCCAUCCAUCCAGGCUCAUAUCCACCCCUUCCUCUUCACAUUACUUCUCUUGAGCAGUAUUGCCGAAAUGGGACUGUGUGCGUUCCUGGUGAAUGCCGGAAAUAACCACGGCACCUGGCCGAGCACGAGAUACCAUUCUCUGCUUUUGUUCAUUCUAUUUAACUCGACCUGGACGGCUGUCUUUUCGCAGCCUACAUUCUAUGGCUCAUUGAUGGAAUGAUACACGUGCUGGCAAAUGUAGCCAGCUCGUUAUUCUGGUUGGUCAUCACAUCAGUACUCUGGGGCGUGUCCUCCGGCCUGUUCUCCAAUACAAGGACCGGGGGCAGAUGUCCCACCUCCCCACCGAUCUCCAGGUGCAUGCAAUCGCUGACGGUCGAAGCCUUGGCCUGGACCCAAUUUGGGCUGACUGCCGCAGUCCUGGUUCUCACAUGCGUCUACGUUGCAUCCAGUGCUGCCACCACCCAGCGCAGAUUUAGCCUCAGUGCACAAGUUGUGUGACUGCCUGGAUAUUCCAGACACUAUAUGUACUCUAUGUAAAUUCACAAGAUAAUUACAAGCC